AAAUGGUUAGCUUGGAACCCACUCCUGCUCUUCAGCUCCCGGUCAUCGAUUUCACAAGUCCAAACCUAAAACCAGGAACUGUAGAAUGGGACUCAGUGAGAGGCGGUGUCCGAAGAGCUCUAGAAGAGUAUGGAUGUUUUGAGGCCUUGUUUGACAAAGUCCCUGUUGAACUUCGAAAAGCGGUUUUCGAUGUCUCCGAGGAGGCUUUUCAGCUGCCUUUAGAGACCAAACAAAGAGUUGUCUCAAGGAGAAAAUACAGAGGAUAUGUUGGUCAUAUUCCGACUUUACCUCUUUUUGAAGUCUUGGGUGUUGACUUUGCAGAAAAUGAAGAUAAAGUCAAUGAAUUUACUCACAAGCUUUGGCCCCAAGGCAAUGCAAAUUUCAGUGAGACGGUCAUGUCAUUCUCCGAGAAAGUGUCUGGACUGGACUUCAUGACCAGGAGAAUGAUAAUGGAGAGUUUUGGGAUCAAUGAAAACUACAUAGAGAAACAUUUGAACUCGACCAAAUGUCUUGUGAGAAUGAUGAAGUACCAAGGAGUUGAAGAAGCGGAAGAAGAGUUAGGUCUGGAGACUCAUACAGACAGAAACAUGCUCACCAUACUCUGUCAGAACGAUGUAAAAGAUGGACUCGAAGUGAGAACUAGUGAUGAUAAACAAUGGAUCAAAGCCAAUCCUUCCCAAGAUUCUUCGUUCAUCGUUCUUGGAGGAGCCACACUACACGUGCUUCUUAAUGGUCGGGUGCUUACUGGUGUUCACCGAGUGAUGAGGAUGGGAACGAACACAAGAUUUUCAGCUGGAUUGUUCUCUGUUCCGAAAACAGAGGAUUUGAUAUGUGCACCAGAUGAAAUGGUUGAUGCUGAACAUCCUCGUUUGUAUAAGCCAUUUGAUUUUGAAGCAUACUUUCAGUUCACCACUGAGGGACCUGGAAGGAGAGAUGUAGCUUCACUCAGGGGUUACUGUGGCCUUUGAGAAUACAAUAAUAACGUCUUUCUUCAAAAAUAGAAACAAGAAUAAGAAGAAACUUGUUUGAUUUGCUAUUUCGAACCUUUUAUGUAAACCCAUCUCCAUCAGAAUAAAUUAAUAGUGAAGAUAGAACUUCAC